AUGGCUUCUCCAACACUGAGUUUGAGGCCUCAAAAGUCUAAAAUAGUGCUCUUCCUUAUCUGCAUUUCAUUUUCAUAUUCAGUUGAAGAAGUCAUAACAUCAUCUAACAAGUUAGACCAACCACUGUUUCCCCCACCAGCAGAGACUGAAAUCAAGUGUGGAUCAUGUCCUUGUGGAGACACCUGUGGUGAGCAACUUCCACCACCCCCACCAUCAACUCCACCUCCUUGUCUAUCUCCACCGCCACCACUACCAUCGCCACCACCUCCGCCACCACCGUCGCCACCGCCUCCUCCUAAGUAUCCCACAUGUCCUCAGAACUGCAACCCCUUGCCGCCGCCACCGCCGCCAAGAUUCGUAUACGUGCCUGUGCCAGGUGUUCCAAAACCAUAUACUUGGGUAUAUUACUACUCUGGUGCUGAAAACAGAGCUGUGGGAUUGCUUGUUUUGGCUGGUUUGGGAGGAAUAUCAUUGGCAACGCUACUUUUGGAUGACAUCAUGAAGCUAAAUCUAUACUUCUGA